AUGCCGGAAAGACGUGGGGAGGAGGCGGCUGGCGACGGGGGGUGCGAAAAGGCAGCGUCGAGGCGCCGGGUUGACGAGGACCUGGAGCCGGGCAGCGUGGGCGUGGGCGUGGGCGGGGGCGGGUGCAUCGCCAACAGGCUGCAGUACUGGAUCGGGAUCAAGCUGGUCGGCCUGCUGGUGCUGGGCGUCUUGCUGCUGGUGACGACGCCUGGCUGGCCGAGGGGGAAGGCGCCGGCGCGCAACGCUGCCCCCGAGGCGCGAGCCUUGCCGCUCGACGCCGCGGCGCCCGUCACCGUGGCCGGCUUCGACGAUGGCGCGCCCGCCGGCCCCUGGCCCGGACAGGAGACGGGGGGACAACGCCGCGCCGAGGAGCCCCGGCGUCCCGUACGACGCUCGAAGCGGGCCGGCCGGCAGUAA